GUAGAAGAUUGUCCUUUAUCAUACUUCGAGUCUGGAAACUUCAAUCAAGUGCCUACUAUGCUAGGCUACACUGCAGAAGAGGCAAUUUUGUUCACGCUAGAAUUGGAUGUUGAACGACAGAGAAUUCAAAACAAGUUGCUGAAUAGUUCUGGGGUUGUAGAUCUGACAGGUCACAACCAGCUUUACAUAAAUACGAUGAACUCUGUUAUGAAUGAUAGUUUGUGGGAAAUAAUAAAGGCUGCAUCAUUAUACGACUUUUCUGGUCCAGUGGAUCUCAUGCAGAGGCUUUUGACUAAGAACCCUGGCCAUUUGCCUGUUUACUUCUAUCGUCUGUCCUACGAUACACAGUACAACUUUCACAGACAAGUUAAUCCUAACAUUGGCGGUACGUCUCACGCUGACGAUAUUCCUAUGACGUUCUACCUUGCCGGGUAUCCCAAAGAUCCAAACCAUCCAGUUAAUGUUUACGCCAAGAAAGUCACUACAAUGUGGGUGAACUUCAUAAAAUACGGAAAUCCUACUCCGUUUGCAUCGAAAAUAAACGGAACACGUUGGAUAGCUUCAGGAAAGCAAGGACUGCAACUGGACUUGAGAAACGAUAACUUCGUAAUGAGCAAUCGCUUCAUCGUUGACCGCGACGCGUUAGUUAUGGAGAAGUAUUACAAUGGUUUACCUGUUACAUCGGAAUGCAAGAAUUAUCCAUUGAGCACCUCGAGAGGCGUGUUUAACUGAGACAUGCUGCCAA